AUGUCGACUACCGUAACGACAAGCUCUCAGAUGGAGCCGCAAUAUGAAUACUUCUUUCGCGACGGGACACUGAACAACAGGCGAAAGAUUCUUCGUGGUGAGGAAGCCGUCGAAACAUUCGACGAAAUCCCACUAGUAGAUAUUGGCGGCAUCUUCAGUGAUAAGUACGAGGAGCGUCUACUUGCGGCCCAGGAGAUUGCAAAUGUGUGCAAGACUGUUGGCUUCAUGUACAUCAAAAACCACCGGAUACCACAAGAGUUGAUUGACAAGGUAUUUGAACUUUCCCGCAAAUACCACGCCCAGCCCCUUGCUGUGAAGAAGGAGCAGGACGUUUACAAGUCGCCGACAUUGCGAGGAUACGAGAUUCAUUACACUAAAACCCCGAACGGGGAGGCAGUGAAGAAGGGGUCAUUUCUCUACAGCUACGAGCCUGACAACGAUCCGCAGCCACCUUCCCUUACCCCAGAGCAACGCGAGCAAUGCAUUGGGAUACACAAUCAAUGGCCAGCUCAAUUCCCAGAGUUCAAGACCACGCUCUUAGAAUAUCAGGCUUCACUCCUGAGCCUUGCUCGUGCGCUACUCCGAUCAUUUGCCCUGGGACUCGGGGCUGACGAGAACUAUUUUGAUCCUAUUGUCACGGCACCUUUCGUCUCCAUCAUUCUCCAAUACUAUCCGCCCAGGGCUACUGGGUCGCAAGACCUAGACGGUCUCGGUGCGCAUAGCGAUUUUGAAACUUUUACCAUCCUGAACCAGGACAUGGUAGGUGGCCUGGAGAUCCUUAACAAAAACGGGAUCUAUAUCCCAGCCAAGCCAAUUCGGGGGACCUUUGUUGUCAACGUGGGAGACUUCUUACAAAGAAUCUCAAACGACAAAUUUGUAUCUACUGUCCACCGCGUUCGCAACACCUCGGGAGUGGAACGCUACUCCAUUCCAUUCUUCUUCAGUUUCAACAUGGAUGCUUCGGUUCCGGUCAUGCCAGCCUGUACCUCGGAGGCCAACCCAGCCAAAUACGAACCACGAAAUCUACAUGAGUACACGGCCGCCAGACGUAAGCGCCAACGAGAACAGCACGAACAAGGCAUUCAUGACACGCUUGGUUAG